CUAUUUACUAUAACAAAAAAAACCUUGUUUUAUCAAAAAUAAGCAACUCAUUUUUGCUUAGAAAGGUCUUUGGUCGAAAAGGUUAGUGAACCCUUCACACUUACCUGGUAACCCCGGGGAGUUCUAGUAAGUUGUGAAGGACCAUUCUAAAAACCUCCAAAGUAACCUGGGAACAAGUUGAACAAAAAAAUUAAAUAUAUUUAAAAAAAAAAAAGCAAACAAGAGUGGAUGAGUAACUCUUCUUCUGACGAAACCACUUCUAGUGAAACUUCGUCCAAUCCAUCCACUACUCCUUCUCCCAUUCACACGAUAAUUGGUAAUCCUUUCGCAAUGAAUAAUAAUAAUGAAAUACAACAGAGAACACUUAAUGAUUACCUUCACCCCACCCAAACUUCCAUACCAUCAUGCUUCAUAUUUCCACCUAAUAUGCCAAGUCUUGGUGUCAAACCCGGCAUUAUUCAACUUUUGCCAACUUUUCAUGGAAUAGAAAAUGAAAAUCCAUAUGUGCAUAUUAGGGAAUUUGAGGAAGUUGUUGACACUUUUUAUGACCGAGCAACCAUCAAUGAUGCUGCACGCUUAAAGUUUUUUCCCUUCUCCUUGAAGGAUAAAGCUAAAAGUUGGUUGUAUUCUUUGAGAUCUAGGUCUAUCGGAACAUGGGAAGAAAUGACCAAAACAUUUUUUGUUAAAUAUUUCCCUGUCCAUAAGACCAACAGUUUGAAAAGACAAAUCUCAACAUUUUCCCAAAAAGACAAUGAAACGUUCUAUCAAGUCUGGGAGAGAUUUAAAGAUCUCUUAAGUCAGUGUCCACACCACGGGUACGAGAGUUGGCGCAUCGUCAGCUACUUCUAUGAAGGCCUCACAAGUCGUGAGCGCCAGUUCGUAGAAAUGAUGUGCAACGGUGAGUUCCUUCAAAAGGAACCCGAAGAAGCUCUUGAGUUUCUCAUUGAGCUUGCUGAAAAAUCUCACACAUGGACUGGUCCAAGUGCUGCUGAAAGCACCAACAGAAAUCGACCAGCUGGGAUUUACCAACUUCGGGAAGAGGACAGCUUAAAGGCCCAAGUCGAAUCUUUAAAAAAGCAAAUUGAAAUCCUUACGACUAAAGAUGGCCAAAAAGGGUGCAUGGUUGCCCAAGCACAAUCCAGACCACUCGAACCUUGUUUCGUUUGUGGAGAAAAUGGGCAUUUAGCUAAGGAAUGCUUAGUUUACAAAGAAAUGAAGGGGGUUCAUGAGGAGCAAUGCAAUGCCUUAGGGAAAUAUAACAAGCCAUUCUCCCAUACGUACAACCCUGGUUGGAGAAACCACCCGAAUUUCAGUUGGAGAGAUAACUCUAACCAAGCUCAAACAUCUGGAGGACAAUGGAGAAAUGAGCAUCAAGCUCAACCUCCAAAGGCAUAUCCUACGCCUCAAUACAAUGCUCAACAACAAGGGAACUCCCUUGAAAGCACUAUUCAUGCAUUCAUUGAGGAACAAGCUAAAAUCAAUCGCCAAUUAAAGGAAGAUGUCCAAGAAAUAAAAAGUCAAUUUUCAAAAUUGACCGCAUCCUUGGCUAUUUCUGAGAAAGGCAGACUUCCUUCCCAGCCUCAAUUUAAUGCACAAGGGCAACACAUGGCUGAAAUCUCCACCUCUAAUGAUCCCAUCGUUAAAGGGGUUAACGCCAUCACAAAAAGAAGUGGUAAAGCUUUGGAAGAUCCAUCCAUCAAAACCACUACUUCAAAUUCAAAAGUUGCCCCUGACAGUGCACCGAUAAAUGCUCAAGAAAAAGUACCAUUUCCCCAGGCUCUUAGACCUGUUGGGAAAAUUCCUGAAAACCGAGCUGAACUCUUGAGCACUUGA